UCGACUAUGCGAAAUGAUUAAAGUUGACACGAAAGUUAUUGGGAAUGGUGAGAAUAAUUAAUCAUUAAUUUAUUAAAAAAAAAUUUAAUAAUUAUUCUUCAUAUUCGAAGUUUGUUUUUUUCCUUUUUUAAUUAAUCGAUAAAAUUAUAAACUCUUUGCAAAAAUAUUUUUACAAAUAAGGAAAAAUUGUGAAAAAAUAAAAAAUUAAUCGGUAUGGAAAGAAAUGAACAAAAAUAUGAGGACGAGACGACUGAACAACCAGUGGAUUAUAGCAAAAAGUAUAACGAAAGAAAAACAGUAAUUGAAAAUCAUUCAAUUGAGCACUGUUCUCGAACUGAUCGAUCUUGUAAAAAAGAAUUUGGAGAACGUGAUUCCAAAGUAGAUUUAUUUGGAGAUUAUGCUGAAACUGAUCUUGAUCAGCCAACAGAUUAUAGUUUACGAUAUGCCGAGGAUGAUACUGACGAUGACGAAAAACAGAGUGCUGAAUACUUUCCAGGAAGUGUACAAGAAGAUACUGUAAAAACAUAUUGUACUGAAGGAACUCCAUAUGAAACACCUUUUAAUUUUUCAACUGCAACUUCUAUGUCUGACUUGCGUCUUGAAGAUACAAAAGAAUCUGUUGAUUCACAGAAGAAGCUUAAUAAAAAAGUUCUUGAACUUAGUCUCAAAGAAGAUUCAAAUUAUAAACAUACAUUGACAAUCAAUUGUAAUGAAGAUCGUUCACUUCUUGUUGAGAAGGAAUUAGAAGUUUCUAAAACCAUUUCUGAACCAUGUAAACCUACCUGUCUUUCUUCUGAAAAAUUGCUUAAUUAUUAUCAAACAGGAACAUCUAAUGGCUUAUCUCGUGCUAAUUCUCUAAGUUCACUAAGUAGUGCAAUAACACAAAGAAAUAAUGUUACUGGGAUUUCUAAAGUACCUUCUACAGAUUCUUCUGACAAAACUGAUAAUGUACCAGAAAUUUCAGAAAGAGCAGAUCAUACUACAACUAGUACUAAUAUUAAUAUAUUACGUAUUCCUGAUGAAAAUGAUAACUCUGUAGAAGGAAAAAAUAAUUCUAGAGUUGUAGAUAAAGAAGGAAAAAUGGUUACAUUCAGCAGACAAGAUUAUUAUGCAGAACAAACUCCUUUAAUGUUUUCACGUUGUAGUUCUCUGGGUUCAUUAAGUGGAUUUGAACAACAUUCUAUACAUGAUGAUCGUAGUUCUAUUCAUAGUGAUUUCAGCCGAAGGACUAGUGGUGUUGUAUCUCCAAGUGAAUUACCAGAUUCACCCACACAAACUAUCCCUCCAAGUCCUCAUAAUCAUAAAAAUCAAUGUGCAGAUUUUAUAACCAAAAUACCAGAAGAAGCAGUAAGACCGUCGGUUCGACAUUUAUCAUUUUCGAAAUGUCACACACUGAGAACCAGUGUUUUCGAGGAUGAUAUUGCCACAUUUAAAGAAGAAUCAACUCCUAUUGAAUUUUCUACAGCUACUAGUCUCAGUUCUUUAACUAUUGACGAUGAAAUGAAAAUAACGAAUAUUUCUAAAUCUCAGAAUGAACUAAAAGAAUCGUUGAAUGAAUUAGAUAAAAAUAGCAAAUUAGAUUCUUUGGAAGAAAAAAUUAGUAAUGGAGAAGUUGAAAAAGAUCAGGAGCAAGUGAGCGAUGGUGACGAGGAUGAUGAAGAUUUGUUGGCUGCAUGUAUCAGUAUGGGAAUACAAAAUAAUAGAUAUAGACAAUCAUUCAAAACGUCCACAAGUCAAAAAUCAUUACAGUCGGAAUCAUCGAACAUUUUAGUACGCUGUCAAAGAACGCCAAUUUCAAAUAGAUUGGAAUCUUCAGUUCCCAUCACUGUUACUUCGGUGGACGUUCCGGUGACAGUUUCGAAAGUUAAUAAAUCUGCAAUAGAGGUUGUUGCUGCUUCAGAUACAGUACAUGUUUAUUGUACAGAAGAUACACCUGCCGAUAUUUCUCCAGUAGGAUCGCAAUCAAAUCUUUCAGCGUUAUCUAUGCCAAGUUAUGAUCAUCAUUCACAUUUUCCUCCAUAUUCUUCAUUUCCUUUAAAUGAUAUUUAUUUUUGGGCAUCUCAAAGCUAAUGUAAAACUUUAAUAGAGUCCAUUUUUCAAUAAUCUAAGAAAACCUUUUUUGUUAAAAGAAUUUAUUGAAUUCUUUCUAAAAAACACCACAUUCGAAUUUGUGAUGUUUCAAAA